UUAAAGUUAUAUUAAAGUUGUUUUUAAUUUAAAAAACUGACAUUUAUCAUACUUACUUUUGAGGGAAUGAAUUAAUAUAUUUGCCACUACUGUAUAAAAGACACAGAAAUUUCCCCGGCUUUAAUCAGUUGAAAUUAAGGUUAUAAAAACCAGCCUUACAACAUAAUUAUAAAUAUUUUAAUUUGGUUAAAAUAUUCGAUCGACAGGGUUUAAUAUUUGGAAAUUAAAUACAAAUUGGUACAGAAAUGUAAAAAAAACAAUCACAUAAAUCUAAUUUCAUAUAAUAUAUUUACGAAUGUAAAAAAAAGCUAAUUUAAAAAUAGACGUGAACAAAUAUAAGCUAGCCACGAAAAUCUAGUUAAAAAAGGCAGUAAAUGUCAAUGAAAAUAAAUUUGUGAAAAGUUUUCUCAAAAUUUGAAAAAUAAAUGUUAGCAAAAAUAAAACCAUGACAGUGACGUACUUCCGGUUAACUGUCAGACGGCUUCAGGGCAGUAGCGGAACAGCGUUGGACUAAAACCUAACACACAGUCCCAAACUCGGCAGACCAAGAUUGAAAAUGUCUUUUAUUUUUGGUUGGAUCUACAAGAGCUUCAGCAGCGUCCUGCAGUUGUUAGGGUUGUACAAAAAGAGUGGGAAGCUGGUUUUCCUAGGACUAGACAAUGCUGGAAAAACAACGCUCCUGCAGAUGCUCAGAGACGACCGGCUUGGACAGCAUAUGCCGACACUAUACCCAACUUCUGAAGAGUUGACCAUAGCUGGCAUGACAUUCACCACCUUUGACCUCGGAGGUCAUACACAAGCACGAAGGAUCUGGAAGAAUUACUUCCCAGCCAUAAAUGGUAUUGUCUUCAUGGUGGACUGUGCAGAUCAUGAGCGACUAGCAGAAGCUAAAGCUGAACUAGAUGCCCUGCUAACAGAUGAAACCAUCGCUAACAUCCCAGUUCUUAUCCUGGGCAAUAAAAUCGACCGUCCAGAGGCCAUCAGCGAGGAUGCUCUCAGGGGGAUAUUUGGUCUGCAUGGACACACAACUGGAAAGGGCACAGUAUCGCUGAAAGAGCUCAAUUUGAGGCCGAUGGAGGUUUUCAUGUGCAGUGUGCUGAAGAGACAAGGAUACGGAGACGGUUUCCGCUGGCUCUCCCAAUACAUCGACUGAUUCUCGUUCUCUUUAAUAUCCGUGAUCCGACUCAGCGUGCUGCUGCAGCCUAUGCACACGAAACAUUCAACACAAAACUACCUGCAGCAGAAAUGUUUUCAUUUACUAUUUCUAGUACUGUAACUUCCCAAAAAAUAUUUAAAGUGUUUUGUUUUAUUAUACUAUAUAUUUUAAUUAUUAUGGUAUAAAACUUGUAGGGAAUUCUGUUUGCCAGAUGCAACGUGCUGCUGUGAAUCGGUUUCAGACUUGGUCGUAUAUUUGAUAGUUAACAAUGUUCCACCUGGCAUAAAAAUAGUACAUUUAACUUUUAAAAUAAAAAUGUAAUGUUAAAAAUAGUUUUAUUCUGGAAAUUGCUGCAGAAAAUUUUCAUCUCAUGUUGAAGUGCCACCUCUAUUGGUUGUUUUUAAUGAAAGGUUUACCACAAGUGCAUUAACUUAUUGCCAUGAGGAGAUUUAUUUUACAUUACUGAUGCAGUGCCACUUAAGCAUUGCCAAGUAAAUUAAGAAAGCCAUUGUUUACUGCAGAGGAAGCAAAAUGAUUAUCUGUGCUCAUGAUGCUUUGAAAGAACUCGCGUACUUUGUGAUUACUUACUGCUCAGUACAUGCAGUAAUAUUAGGAGAGUACUUGGGUUGUGCUUAAAAAUAGAAAUGCAAGCAUUUGCUAUAAAAUGCAGUGUGAUAAUAUACAUUAUUCUGUGUUGAAGUUUUAUUUAUGUUUUGGAAGAAAAAAGCUUAAGUUAUUUACAGAAAGUUGUUAGAUAUUAAGUCAAAUUUCUGUUACAAAAGAUACAUAAUUCUUUUUUGACAGUUAAAGAUUAAUAAAUAUUUUUGACAAUCA